GUGGUAGAAGAGGAGAUGGAGAACUGGCUUUGCUCAUGCCUUAUUUUAUUUUUUCAGAACUCAAUCCGUCACAAUCUGUCCCUGCACAGCAAGUUUAUUAGAGUGCAAAAUGAGGGAACAGGAAAAAGUUCUUGGUGGAUGCUUAACCCAGAAGGAGGAAAGAGUGGAAAGUCUCCACGGAGAAGAGCAGCAUCCAUGGAUAACAACAGCAAGUUUGCAAAAAGCAGAGGUAGAGCUGCCAAGAAAAAAGCAGCCCUUCAAUCAGGCCAGGAAGGAAAUGGCGACAGCCCAGGGUCACAAUUUUCAAAGUGGCCUGCAAGCCCCAGCUCUCACAGUAACGAUGACUUUGAUAACUGGAAUACAUUUAGGCCUAGAACUAGCUCUAAUGCUAGUACAAUUAGUGGAAGACUUUCUCCAAUUUUGCCAGAACAGGACGAUCUUGGAGAUGGGGAUGUACACCCUAUGUCAUACCCUCCAUCAGCAACCAAAAUGGCUUCUACUCUCCCCAGCCUUUCAGAAAUGAGUAAUUCUGAAAAUAUGGAGAAUCUCUUGGAUAACCUCAAUCUCUUGUCACCUAAUACACCAAUGACUGUAUCAACUCAGUCUUCACCUGCUACAAUGAUGCAACAAGCACCAGGUUAUUCAUUUACAUCAUCAACCACGAGUAUAGGUUCACCAAAUCCAGACUACAGAAAAUUUACAUAUGUUCAAGCUAGCAUGAACUCUUUGCCCCAGAUGCCUUUGCAGACUCUUCAAGACAGUAAAUCAGGCUAUGGACCAAUCAGCCAGUAUAACUGUUCUUCUCCAGGACUCCUGAAAGAGUUACUGACUUCUGAUUCUCCUACCCACAAUGACAUCUUGACAUCAGUAGAUACUGGUGUUCCUCAGCCCGGUGGUAGAGUAUUGGGCCAAAAUGUGCUGAUGGUCUCUAAUUCAGUGAUGCCAACGUAUGGUAAUCAGCCAUCACACAACAAAAUGAUGACUCCCAAUGCCCGCCCACACCAAGGACAUAACCAGCCAACACCUGCAGUCAAUGGCCGUGCCUUGUCACAUACCGUGAACAGCAUGUCACAUACUUCAGGUUUAAAUCGCCUGUCCACGGUGAAAACUUCAUUACAAGUGCCUAUGAGUCACCCAAUGCAGAUGAAUACUAUGAACCCUUAUGCUCCUGUUAACAGCUGUAAUGGCUAUGGAAGAGUGGGAAUUGUUUCUCUCCAUCAGGAGAAGCUCCCAAGUGACUUAGAUGACAUGUUAAUUGAACGGUUGGACUGUGACAUGGAGUCAAUUAUUCGUAAUGACCUUAUGGAUGGAGAAACUCUAGAUUUUAACUUUGACAGUGUGUUACCUAACCAAAGUUUUCCACACAGUGUAAAGACAACCACACAUAGUUGGGUGUCAGGCUAGGAUUUAAUGGAAGGCUACAAUGUAAAGUUCUUCAGCCUUGUCUGACAGCAGGAACUGAGAAAAGCAGUCCAAAGAUGUCCUUCACCUUCCCUUUAGUUUUCUUGAUAAAACUGUUCUCUCUCUUUCCUUGCGUCAGAGUUGGCAGCAGAGAGAGUUUUCCUGUACAGGAUGUUUGCCCAGUGUUUGCAGGUUAUGUGCUGCUGUAGAUAAGAACUGUGCCAUUGGAAAUGUCAUUACUCUGAAGUGCCAAAUUCACUACACCAUAUAAUCACAGAAAAUACUUUUGCAUCAUAUUGUACUUUCAGUUUUGUACAGUAUGAGCUGUAGAUGCAGACUUGUUUUUUUAAGAAUAUCCAUUUGGUCCAGAAAAAAUUGUAAACUUUUUGUAACAAUACUGUGAUGAUCUCAUGCCCUAUAAGUAAGUUUUAACUUGUGCUGAUGUUACCUGUGUUCUGAUGAACUGAUGAAGCAAGGGGAUUGUUUUGCAGCUGUAUGAACUGCCUUACGUUUAUUAAAACUGCUGCACAGUUUCUCUUAUGAGAACAGAGGAGUCUCUUAAAUAUGGUCCAGCUGAACUCACUGACUAGUCAAAUGGUCAAAACAAACAGUAGAUUAAAUUCCAAUUUGGUAGGAUACCUAUCUGUCUGUAAAUUUAUACAAGAUUAUCUCUGGAUCUAGUUUUCAGACUAAUGAAUUUAUUGUUGGACUUGAGAACUUUUGGAAUAGUUAUCAAACUAUUUUUUAUUAUACUUAAAGUCUACUUUGUUACAUAAUCUACUUUAAAAUUGACAGAAUUGGAGAUCUGGCAGCAUAUGUAACCUCUUCAUUUUGUACAGUGUUUUAACUAGAUUAAGCAAACAUUUUAUAUAUUUGUCCAGCACUUCGGAGUGCUAAUAAAGAAAAGCUUAACAAGUAUCUUGAAGACAGCAUUUCUGACCCCUUUUUUUGGCAAGAGUGAUGUAUAGAUAGAUACUUUCCCUUUUACGUUUAGGAAAUAUUUAAUCAUUUUUAUAUAUAUGCAUUUUUAGAAACCUCAUCUGCUUCUAUUCCCAUUUUAACUCUGACUACCACAAAGUGUUAAGUAUUCAUUCUUAAAUGCUUGUACAGUGCUUCAUGUUGUAUUUAUUUCAUGGAGGUCUCAUAAUGUUUGUGGACUCGAAAGCAAGACCUUUUCUUUAAGAACGUUUACAAGUUGAAUACAAUUAGAAAGAGAAUCUCCAUUUAGCAGUAGUUGCCCUGUCUGUCAGCGUUUCUGUUCUAAGGAGGGAUACAAGUGCUCUUUUAAAGGAGGGACUGACAUUUCAGGACAAAAAUGUAUUUGUUCUUUUCCAUGUGCCUAAAAAGGAUGGAGGGGAGUUGAUUAGGAGGCAAAGUAAUACAAAUAAUUUUAUUUUGGAGGUAAGACAUAGUGCUAGUUACCCAAGUUCCAGUCCUGCAUAUCUUGAUUCACAAUGAAUAGUCCCAGUGACAUCCA